AUGACGUUUGCCACCAGCCUGGUGCACCAGCGGCUGCAGCUGCCGGGUGCUCGGCGCUGCUCCCCCGGCAGCAGAAGCGCGCGGCUGAACGUCAUCAGCCGAGCCCACGGACGUUUCUUCAUUGGAGGGAACUGGAAGUGCAAUGGCACCGUUGAGUCGGUGACGCAGCUGGUGAAAGACCUGAACGCAGGCAGCGUGCCUCCGGCGGACAAGGUGGAGAUUGUGGUGGCCCCCACCUUUGUGCACCUGGACAUGGUGAAGAAGACCCUCAACCCGCCCUUCGAGAUAGGCGCACAGGACUGCUGGGUGGGCAAGGGCGGCGCGUUCACAGGGGAGGUGUCUGCAGAGAUGCUGCACGACUUUGGCAUCCCCUGGGUCAUCCUGGGCCACUCGGAGCGCCGCUCGCUGUGCCGCGAGGACGACGAGCUGGUGGGGCAGAAGUGCGAGUACGCGCUGAGCCAGGGCCUCAAGGUCAUCGGCUGCAUCGGCGAGACGCUAGCGCAGCGCGAGUCGGGCCACAUGUUUGACGUGCUGGACGCGCAGCUGAGGGCCAUUGCCAACCACACCAGCCUGGGCAACUGGGUCAACAUGGUGAUCGCCUACGAGCCGGUGUGGGCCAUCGGCACGGGCGUGGUGGCCACCCCCGAGCAGGCCCAGGAGGCGCACGCCUAUGUGCGCAAGUGGAUCUCAGACAACGUGUCGCCCGACGUCGCCGCCGACCUGCGCCUCCUUUACGGCGGCUCCGUGAACGAGUCCAACUGCGGCACGCUGGCCAACCUGGAGGAUGUGGAUGGCUUCCUGGUGGGGGGCGCCUCACUCCAGGGCGCCUCCUUCAUCAGCAUCUGCAACGCGGAGAACAAGCACUCGUGAGGCGGCGGCGGCGCGAGCUCGGCGGGCCACCCCCUGCCCAGGCGCAGCUCGGCCCGGCGCGCUGAGGCCCCCAGCUGAGGGCCCUUGGCCGAGCUGUGCCGCGCGGGCAGCGGAUGACUGCAGGCGGGCGGCCGUGCGGCUGGCGGGCCCCCGCCCUCCCUAGGCGCGUGCUGGCCGUGUCGCAGCGCGCGAUGCUGCGCACAUGUGCCGACACGGUGCUGAAAGCGUGUGCGUGUGUGUUGUGUGAGAGCAUGUGUGCGGUGUGCGCUUGUACCAGCCCCGCUGGCACCGGCCCGGCGUGCUUGUCUUUGCUUGCCAAUGGCGACCCCCUCCCCUCCCCUCCCCUGCUUUUCCACUUCCUGCCCCCCCCCCCCCCGAAAUCCUUGUUUUGAUCUUUGCUCCACGUUGACGUCUGCACUGCACACAGCGCUUCCUGGCCGGCCAUUCUUGCCCGGCCGAUUAGAUUCUUUCCCGCCUGCUGCCCCCCAGGCGGGCCGUGCUAUCAAACUUGGGUGCCAAUUGGCUGCCGGGCGGCCCUGGCUGGGCGCGCACACACAACCCUGCACCUCAUGAGAAGCCUCCCCUGCACAAACAUUUUGAGAUUCAUCAUGCGUCAUCUCCCCAUGCAAAUGGUGCACAACC